CUGUUGGGACGAGCACUCGGUGUAUGGAAGUGAUGAAUCCCUGGGUUCUGCUCCUGAAACCGAUACUACACGAUAUGUUAACUAACUUGAAUUUAAAUACAUCAAUUUUUGAAAAGGCAAAGAAAACUAAUAUGGUGAGGAUGUAUUCAGUCUCUUAUUCGUUCAACCAACGUGAACUGAACACCCCUUCAGUCUGUGCUCUACUCCCACCGCUUGGCUAGAAAUAAAAACCUGUGCAGCCUACAGCCCACAGUUGCUUGAGGUCUGGUUCACACUGUGUUUGUGGGUCGGUUUGUUUUUAAGAAAAUAGUUGCUCACAUUUGAAAAUAAGGAUUUCACAUCAAUAUCCAGGCUUCUGACCUCUCUUGAAAACUUGGCCAGGCUGGCAUCAUCAGCCAGACGUGGCAGCUGCUGGUUGGAAUGGGGUAGAGGCUGCCCCCUUGUGGUGGGGCAGGGGAUGCCCCGUCCAGCCCUUCCAUUCGUUUCCCUCACUCCCGGAUCUUGAGCGUGUGAGCCCUGCCCUACAUGGCAAGCUUCCUGAACCCAAGGACCACUUGUGUCUUAUUUGACUCUGACUUUCUAGCAUCCAGCCCAGACCCCAGCACACGGUGGGCCCCCAAGAAAUGUUUGUUUAUGAAUAAGAUCUCUUUUGGAUGCACACAUCACCUUUCUCCUAAUAUUAAAAUGGUGCAGGGCGCCUGGGUGGCUCAGUCGGUUGAGCGUCUGACUUCGGCUCAGGUCAUGAUCUCACGGUUCCUGAGUUCAAGCCCCGAGUCAGGCUCUAGGCUGACAGCUCAGAGCCUGGAGCCUCCUUCGGAUUCUGUGUCUCCCACUCUCUCUGCCUCUCCCCAACUCAUGCUCUGUCUCUCUCUCUCUCUCGAAAAUAAAUAAACAUUAAUUUUUUUUUUUUAAUGGUGCAAUCAUACUAUUGCUCUGGCCUAAUCUCAACAGAAAGACAUCCUAAGUGCCCUUGGUCUGUGCCAUCCCAUCACCUCAAGUCACUUGUAUGCAGUGUGCUGUCCCUCAGUGUCUUCACUGUGACUUUUGACCCCCUAGCAAUCUCCUCUCCAAAUGAGGCUCCCAGUGCAUGUACCUCCAGGACCCUUGGGGGAACUGCAGAAAUCAGAAAAGUCAAGCAUAACACCUGGCACUUGUUUUUAUCACAUUAUUAGCAGCACCUUUAUCUCCAAGACAGCAAAAGUCCCCGCUCUUCUAGAUCUUGUGGUUUGGGCUUUUUGUUUUUUGUUUUUUGUUUUUCCAGCCAAGCCCCAAGGAAGAGAUUACACCAGAAAUCUCUGUAUUCUGUGAAUUUUCUAAAUCCCCUCUUCACAAACACUGAUGGGCUAAAGAUCUUAUCGGGGAGGUUUGUUUUUCUUAUCAGGUCCACUUAGCAGCCCUCAAGGGGACAACUGGGACAGGUCAGAGCACAUAUAGCAAACAACUUUUGCCGGCCACUGCAUGCUCAGAACCCGAGGAGAAAGCAUGAAGUGGUUUUGGGUCCUUGGGCUGGUGGCCCUCUCAGAGUGCUUAGUCACAAUCCCUCUGACGAGGGUCAAGUCCAUGCGAGAAAACCUCAGGGAGAAAGACAGGCUGAAGGAUUUCCUGGAGAACCAUCCUUACAACCUGGCCUACAAGUUCGUUGACUCUGUAAAUCUGGACCUGGGGAUAUAUUUUGAACCGAUGAGAAACUACCUGGAUCUGGCCUACGUUGGCACCAUCAGCAUUGGCACGCCCCCGCAGGAGUUCAAGGUCAUCUUUGACACCGGCUCGUCUGACUUGUGGGUGCCCUCCAUCUACUGCUCUAGCCCUGCCUGCGCUAAUCACAACGUCUUCAACCCUCUGCGGUCCUCCACCUUCCGGAUCUCGGGCCGGCCCAUCCACCUCCAGUACGGCUCCGGGACGAUGUCAGGAUUUCUGGCCUACGACACCGUUCGGUUCGGGGGCCUCGUUGACGUGGCCCAGGCGUUUGGCCUGAGCCUGAGGGAGCCCGGCAAGUUCAUGGAAUACGCAGUUUUCGACGGCAUCCUGGGCCUGGCCUACCCCAGCCUCAGCCUCAGAGGGACCGUCCCUGUCUUCGACAACCUGUGGAAGCAGGGUCUCAUUUCUCAGGAGCUCUUUGCCUUCUACUUAAGCAAAAAGAACGAGGAGGGCAGUGUGGUGAUGUUCGGCGGUGUGGACCAUUCCUACUACAGUGGAGACCUCAACUGGGUCCCUGUGUCCAAACGGCUGUACUGGCAGUUAUCCAUGGACAGCAUCUCCAUGAACGGGGAGGUCAUUGCUUGUGAUGGUGGCUGCCAGGCCAUCAUUGAUACAGGAACCUCGCUGCUGAUUGGCCCGUCUCACGUUGUCUUCAACAUCCAGAUGAUCAUCGGCGCCAACCGGUCCUACAGCGGCGAGUACGUAGUUGACUGUGAUGCCGCCAACACUCUGCCCGACAUCGUCUUCACCAUCAACGGCAUCAACUACCCGGUGCCAGCCAGUGCCUACAUCCAGGAGGGUCCUCAGGGCACCUGCUACAGCGGCUUUGAGGAGAGCGGAGACAGCUUGUUGGUCUCAGACUCCUGGAUCCUGGGCGAUGUCUUCCUGAGGUUGUAUUUCACCGUCUUCGAUCGAGAAAACAACAGGAUUGGCCUGGCUCUGGCAGUGUAAACACUGGGGCCAGCUCCAGGAAGCAACCGUGCCCACCCCAAACCCGCGCGCGUGUGCACACACACACACACACACACACCCCGCAGUCAGGGCAUUCCUGCCCAGGGGCCGGCUUGAACUGUGUCUUCGGCUCUGCAAAGCCCUUCUUCCAGUGGAGAAUAAAAGACCUCAUUUUC